AUGUCUCGGCCAGCUUGCACAGUUUAUGGAAACACAGCUCUGAAGGGCUGCCCGGCAGAGCCCGUGACGUCAUGCGAAAGCGGCAUUUUGCCAGUUUGCAGCAGCCGACACAACCCGCCAUGUAACCAAGAGGAAGCUGAGGAAGUGUUUGCGGAGAUCAAUGAGGCAUAUGCCGUACUGUCCGACAUGGAAAAACGUGGGAAGUACGACUACCUGUGGAAGUACGAGAAGGGGCUCCGUUCCUCGGCUGACGGGGGCGGCGGCGGUGGCGGCGGUGGCGGCGGCGGCGGCGGUGCCCCAGGGAACGCGGAGGUGGUGGAGGCGGAGAGGGUCGCAGCGCUGGAGAAGCUUCAGGAUCCCUCGGGGGGCCCCACCUCCCCCGCCACCUCCCCCGCCACCUCCCCCGCCACUUCGCGCUACGAGAAAGGGGUGCGCCUCUGGGCGCAGUGGGCGGAGCAGGAGGCGGCGGCGGCUCGGCUCGCUGCCGGCCUAGGUCCCCUGGAGCCAUCACAGGAGCUGAUCUGGGAGUGGCAGCAGCGGCAGCAGCGGCGGCGGCCGGGAAGAAGGGAAGGCGGCGGCGGCGAGGGCGAUGAGGCGGAGGGGGGUUGGCAACCACCACCGGAGUCCGGACCGGGGGGGCCCCGGGGGGCGGCUCC